AACCGGAAGCAGGAAGUGAAGUCAACGUGCGAAAUUCAAACUUCUGUAACAAACAUCUCGUCCGGAGGGUUUUUCUCUAUGCUUGCAUAUGGUUGUUCACUGAGUUUAUCCGCUUCCUCUUCAGUUUUCAAACAUAUUCAGGGAGCUUUAUCUUUGUGCUGCUGAAACAGGGAGGAUGCCUGUGGAAAGGACUGAACACCGUGGAGUCGAUGAGCUCUACAAAUACUAUGAGGUUUACGAGACUAUCGGCUCAGGAGGCUUUGCUAAAGUCAAACUGGGUCGACACAUCCUGACAGGAGAGAAGGUGGCCAUUAAAAUCAUGAACAAAAAGGAUCUGGGAGAUGACCUGCCAAGAGUGAAGGUGGAGAUUGAGGCCAUGAAAAACCUGAGUCAUCAGCAUGUCUGUCGUCUUUACCACGUCAUAGAGACCUCCACCCAGAUCUUCAUGGUGCUGGAGUACUGUACAGGGGGGGAGUUGUUUGACUACAUCAUAGCAAAGGACCGUCUGUCAGAGGAGGAGACCAGGGUGUUUUUCAGACAGAUUGUUUCUGCUAUGGCCUACGUCCACAGCCAGGGAUAUGCGCACAGAGACCUCAAACCGGAAAAUUUGCUGAUCGAUGAAGACCAUAACUUGAAACUGAUUGACUUUGGAUUGUGUGCCAAACCCAAGGGAGGUUUGGGGUAUGAGCUUAUGACAUGCUGUGGGAGCCCUGCGUACGCUGCUCCUGAACUCAUCCAGGGAAAAGCAUAUAUUGGUUCGGAGGCUGAUGUGUGGAGUAUGGGAGUGCUGCUGUUCGCUCUGCUCUGUGGAUACCUGCCCUUUGAUGACGACAACUGCAUGGUCCUCUACAGGAAGAUUACAAGAGGUAAAUAUGAUAACCCUCAAUGGCUCUCUCCAGGGAGUGUCCUCCUCCUCAACCAAAUGAUGCAGGUGGACCCCAAGCGGCGUCUUACUGUUCGUCAGCUGCUGGACCAUCCCUGGGUGAUAAAGGACUACAAUAGCCCUGUGGAGUGGCACAGCAGGCAGCCGCUUGGCCACAUAGAUGAAGACUGUAUCACUGAGAUGGCUGUCAAUAUGAAGCGAUCCAGGCAGAGCACGACAGCGCUGGUCAAGGAGUGGUGUUAUAAUCAGACCACAGCCACCUACCUGCUGCUGCUGUCGAAGAAGCAGAGGGGCAAACCUGUCCGCCUGCGCCCCGAACGAGUGGUCUGUGAAGACUACUGCUCUCCGCUGCACCAGGGAUUACAGACCAGAGAAGCCCUUCACUUCAGCGAGGAUGAGGAUGCAAUGAUUGUUGGUUCUCUAGAAUUUGGGUCGGAAUACAUUGAUGAUUGCCCAUGGGUGUCAGUCACAAAGUGUACACCUCAGGGGGUCAGAGGUCAGCCAGAUGGAGCUGUAAGCACCAAAGACACAAGAGUAACGUCUCCAUCGGUGGAGAGAAGAUAUGGUCACAGCGGAACCCCAGAGAGAGGACGAGCAACGACACAGCAGCGCCAGGAGCGGAGGGACAGAGACCAGGAGCGAAUCAGUGAGAACAAGGAGAAUGUGACAGUGCAAGAAAAAGAUGAUGAAAUGUUCAUGCUGCCUCCUCCACGAACUCCUGCAUCCAACAAGAAGAGUUCCCGACCCAACAAGAAUGUGCUGACCACACCCAAUCAAAAUGCUAACGUGAAUAGCAUUAAAACCAAACCAGUCACACCUAAAGGUGGUGACAGCACCCCCAAAGAGCAAAAUAAGAAGAAAGCAGCAGACAACAUGGAGAGUGCAAACAUUGAAAUCAUGGCCUUCAGUCCUGAGCGAAGGUCUCGGUCUUUGGACAUGGCUGUAACAGAGGACAGUGGAAGGAAAAAGAGAGGUGGAAAGGUGUUCGGUUCUUUGGAGAGAGGUCUUGAUAAAAUGAUCACUAUGCUCACUCCCAACAAAAAACGAGCCCUGCGAGACGGUCCACGCAAGAUCAAGGUUCAGUACAACGUUACUCUGACAAGCCAAACCAACCCAGACCAGGUCCUCAACCAGAUCCUCUCUAUACUGCCAGAGAAAAAUAUCGACUUCACACAAAAAGGCUAUACACUAAAGUGUCGGACUUAUGGCGACUUUGGGAAGGUUACUAUGGAGUUUGAGCUGGAGGUGUGUCUGCUACAGAGGCCGGAGGUGGUGGGGGUCAGGCGCCAGAGGCUGAAGGGAGACGCCUGGGUUUACAAGCACCUGGUGGAAGAUGUCCUCUCCACAUCCAGCAUCUAAAUAAUGCACUUCCUGGGGCUAUCACUGUCUGAUUCAGAACCCAUGAUUGUUGGCUCUCUGCACUACAUUUGUGAAUGCCUUUUUCAGUUUGGGAGUGUGCACCACAAAGGGUUAGAAGUCAAUGUCAGAUGGAGCCAGAAUCAGAAAAGACAAAGUGUGUGAAAGUUGGUAGAGAUGUGUAUUUUUGCUGUCUUUUUGACAGAUAAAGUUUGCAUCAAAUAACCGUGUCUUAAAGCUUGUUGUUAGAAGAGGUGGUCCUCACGCAUUAAUGAUCAGUCUUUGAUUAUCAACUGUAAAUAUUUAAAACUGUCCUCAGGCCAGCCUGCAAUCCCCAGAGAACAUGUUACAUGAAAUUGAUGAGCAUUACAUGUCAGGAUCCUGUACAGAAUUUCUUUUUUAUGUAGCAUAUUGUAUUUUUACUUCCCUUCUUCCUCAGCUGAAUUUGAUUUUGGUCAAUCCUCCGGAGAUAAACGUGUAUAUGUAUGAAAUGUAACAACAGUAUUUACAGCAUAUACCCUCUGGCUAUGUAUUACCAUAUUUAUGUCUGGAUGUUGUUAUUCUCCCCUUUAGGUGCUAAACUUGAUUGAAUAACAGAAUAAAGCAGAGCAUUACUAAUUUAAUGUCAUUGUUUUUUGAUGUACGUGUGAUUGGAGAUCUUCCAUUGUGACACUUUUACAUGGUUGUCUUGUAUGGAGCGUCUUUUUCUUACUUCUUAUCCAUGCUUGUCUUGUUUUAACCUGUCUGUCACGUUGUGUCUGUAAGAAGUCUACUGACAUAUAAAGGAGAAAAAUAAACAGUUUGUUUAAUAUG